CACGUAUGAAUUUUACAGAAUGAAUUCUACACAAUUUCCGGUUUAAACAUUUGUCGUGCUGGAACUUUGAAGAAGCCAUUAGAACUGAAAUUAGUAUCGAAAGUAAUUUAACUGUUUGAUUAUAACAAAAUAUUUUGAAUUUUACAAAGUUUAAAAGAUUUAAUCUAUUACUCGUUAAAAAUGGCAGUUUCUUAUAUGCUUGCUGAAGAAGUUAUUUGAACAGGAAGUUAAUCAUACUCUGCUCUUACGUGAUUCAGAUGUACUGUCACAGUGUUGGUCCCUGUGUCCUAUACCCGGCUUACUGCAGCUUCGCUCUAGGCCUAAGUUAUAAUAGAGAACGCUUUCUUUACAAUGGGGGAUUCAGAGAAACUGAUUAGUGAGUUGACUAUUGAAAGAGACAGCCUUAAAGAUGAGUUGGAGCGACUUCAUCGUGAGCUGGCCCAGACAAGCCAUGAAAAGAUCCAGUCUGCCCAAUAUGGUUUAGUGUUGCUGGAUGAAAAAGAAGCACUCCAGCAAAGGUGUGAAGAGCUUGAGGCACUUUUUGAUGGGACCAAACAUGAACUAGAUUGUUUAAAAGAAGCAUUUGCAAAAUCCCAGACAAGUCAGAAAGUGUCAGCAACCACAGGGAUUGAGCAGGAAGAAAGCUUGCUGAAAGAAACAGCCCAUAAAGAAGCUUCUUUCACUUCAACUGUUCAAGAACUAGAGCGAGAAAUAAAACAGGUGAAGCAAGAGUUAGCUCGAGUAGAAGCAGAGAGAGAUCGUAUCCACCAGGAUUAUCUAGAUUUGUCCAAACAAAAUGAAGUCAGUGAAUGGGAGAAAAAAAAUUUAAAAUCUGAGCUAAAAGAAAUGAAACUGAGAGAAGGAAGACUUUUCAAUGAUAAUAAUGAACUGGAAGAUGAAAACAUUUCCUUACAAAAACAAGUCUCUUCCCUACGUUCUUCUCAGGUUGAAUUUGAAGGAGCCAAACAUGAGGUUCGACGAUUGCAAGAAGAAGUGGAAUCAUUAAAUGCUCAGGUUGAAGAAAUGACCUCACUAAAACGAAUAGCAGAAAAACAGCUGGAAGAAGCUUUAGAGGCACUGCAGUCUGAGAGAGAACAGAAAUAUGCAUUGAAAAAAGAAUUAGAUAACCGAGUAAACUCUGAAUCUAUUUUCAACUUAAACAACUUGACUCUAUCCAAUUUUAGAUUUGGAAAUCAAGAAGAUGGAAAUAGGACCGAAGAAGAAGAUGGUGAAAGUGAUGUUCCAGCUCUAAAGCAGUUAGAGGCAGAUUAUAUUGGGAAACAUGCUAAUGAUGAUUCCGACAAAAUGAAUGAAUCUCAACCAGCAACUGUGAACGAUCUGUUCAGCGAGCUCCACCUAAGUGAAGUUAGAAAACUGGAAAAACAACUGGAACAGGCAGAAAACGAGAAGUCGCAGCUAAAUGUACGACUGGAGGAAUCUCAACAGAUGCUUGAGAAGACGAAGACUGAGUUGAGUGAUCAACACAAUCGAGUGGCUAAAGUAAUUGAUCAUGUUAAGGCUUUGAUUGCACUUCAUGGGAAAGUGGAAGAUGUUGGAGAAAGUGGCAGUGGAGAGGAAGGAGAUAAGGAUAUCCCAGAGUUGGUGCGACUCCAGAAAUUGCUUCAGAAACACCAGAAGAGAUACCAGCUAGCAGUUCAGAAAGUUGAGGAACUUCAAGCAGAUGUUCAGAAUCUUCAAGAGCAAGGGGCUGACCAGAACAGUGAAGAGUCCUUGGCUGAACUCAGAGAUGAAGUUACAAAACUCAGAAAGAAGGUCCAACAUUAUGAGCAGCAGCUGACGGACACUAAAGACGACUUGUUGAUUAUAGGAGAGAUAGCGGGGGAAAGUCAGGGCAGACUUAAUGUUACACAGGAGGAUCUUGUAAAUGUGUCAGAAGAACUAGCACAACUUUACCACCAUGUUUGUAUGGUAAAUGGUGAAACCCCAAGUCGUGUCAUGCUGGAUCAUGUGAAAGGAUGUCAAGAGAAUAAAGAAAAUGAAAUCCAGGAUUCACCUGGACAGUAUAAUGUUGAAAAGUACAGCAAAUUGGAUCUUCUAAGAGAAAAGCUAAAGACUGAUGUGUCCUCAAAGCUUUUUCAAGAUGGGCAUGGAAAAGUAGACAUCGGCAAGGCUGACCCAACUGUUUGUGGUCGAUUGCUAGAAACCAUCCAUGAUCAAGUUCGCCAUCUCAAACAAUCAGUCCAAACAACCAUUGAGAUGGGCCGUCAGAAGGUUCAUCAUUCAGCAAACACUGAAGAUGCCACGGCUGUUGAGAUGGAAGAACUUCAGGAACAGGUCAUUAAACUAAAGUCUUUGCUCUCAACAAAGAGAGAACAAAUUGCAACUCUUCGAACUGUACUUAAGGCCAACAAGCAGACUGCAGAAGUUGCCUUAGCUAACUUAAAAAGCAAGUAUGAGAAAGAAAAAUCAAUAGUGAGUGAAACUAUGAUUAAGUUAAGAAAUGAGCUCAAAGCCUUAAAGGAAGAUGCUGCAACCUUUGCAUCUCUCCGAGCCAUGUUUGCUGCUCGCUGUGAAGAGUAUGUCACUCAAGUUGAGGAACUUCAAAGACAGUUAGGUGCUGCAGAGGAGGAGAAAAAGACCCUCAAUUCCCUUCUACGGAUGGCUAUUCAGCAAAAGCUAGCCCUAACUCAGCGUUUGGAAGAUGUAGAAAUGGAUAGGGAGCGAAGCCACAUGAGACGGCAGGAUGGACGUGGCCGGGGCUCUUAUCAGAGGGUAAGUUCAGGAGUUUCACCAGCAGGUAGUGUGUAUUCCUCACAUCCAGGCUAUGGUCGUGGUCGUCAGCACCAGCACAGAAACUUAAGCUAAUGUGAAUGUUGCACAUUAUAGGUUGUUAUAAUAGAUAUGAGUUGUUUUGCAUUAACAGUAAAA